AUGGCCUCGUACAAGACGGCUGUCCCCUGCAAGUCCUUCAAGACGUCACUUAUGUACUCGGUUCCAGUACGACGUCUCAAAGAGAUACUUAGCCACGUGGUACCGGAUAUGACAUUAGGAAGUGUCGAAGAAAUACCCUCUUCCCAACUACCCAGACUAUAUACUCUCAACAUGUCGGAUGAUAACAAACUUCUCCUAUCCUUCGCACCCGGUCUAGCAGUCAGGCUCUUGAGGCACGAGACUACGCUUCAAUACUCCGAAGCAAUACUCGUGCAUUUCCUCAAGGCGUCAAAUCAGGAAGCUAACGGCGUAAAUGCCGGUGGUAUGAAUGAUGUAGAAUCUGAAAAAGUAUCCAUCAAAUUAGGAGAUGUGGUACCCAAAAUGUUAAAGCAUUCAUCCAAUAAUCGCGAAAUGGCAUAUCCAUACACAAUAUUCGAACCCACCCUCGGAAGAACACUUUUAGCUCUUUCGGUAUAUCUCAGUUCACCAAACCGUCAUCUCAUCGACAAACAAGUCGGAUCCUUAACACGAAGCUUAGCUUCUCUCACAUCGCCCAACGGCACAUUCGGUACAGCAGCUCGAGUCCUCCCAAAUUCAUUCAAGCAAUCACCCCCUUUAGGCGAAGGCUCCACAACCUGGAAAGAAGCUUUCAAUACCUUACUUGAAUCCAUUUUGCGCGAUGGAGAAGAUAUGGCCAUCUUGCUACCAUACGAUGUAAAUGUAAUAAAAGAAGGCACUUCGCAAAUUUCCACUGAAAGUCUUAAAUUGACCGGGCUGCGGAACUGGAGUCAAGGCAUCUUUGGAGAUCCACUGCUCUCAAGCGUUUUCGAGAAUCCCAGUGAAGGGUUUUUAGAGGGUUGGAAGGCAAGAGGCGAUGAAGAUGAUCUCAUCGAAGAUAUAGGAAAUGCGGAAGUUCGAUUACUGAUCUAUCGAUGCUACAGAGCCGUAGUAGGAGUAGUGACAGAAUACUACCGGCCACAAAGCGACAGCAGCAGACGAGAAUUGGAAAACCGGAGAAAUUUAACAGCAGCAUUAUCAGAAUUAGAAAAGGUAGAUGUUGGAGUCAAUGAUAUGCUCAAGAGAGCGCGAAGCCUAAGCUCGUCUAUGGCUCCGGAGACCAAGAGUUCCAAGAGGCAGAAAAUUGGAAUCGAGGACUUGGUAGAGGCAAAUUGA